AUGAACCUCAUGAAGAGACUACUCUUAUUGGGAUUGUCAUUUACUCUGGGGAGAAAGGAGCAAAGAAAGGGAGAAACAGGAGCUCCCAGAAAGCUCUGGAAACCGUGGAAGAUCAGUGAUGAGGAGACGUGCAGAACUGUCAUCACCCUGGACAGCUGUCAAUCAGGUGACUUCCUGGGACAGUCAGAACUCAGGUAUUUGGAUGCUUCUUCUGGUGAAAAAUGUCCCGUCUACACCCAACCACUUUUUGAGUCUGAGAGAUUUUCUUCAGUACGUGUAUUCCUUGAGAACUUGUUCAUUUUUAUCCAAGAACUGGAUUUGAAAUCGGAGUGUACAGGAGGAGUGGCUGGCAUCUUCCCCCAUCCCAGCAUUUGUCUAUUUGUGCUUCCUGUGCCCGGCCCCGCGCUCCCUUGGGCCGCGUCCAGCCCGGGCCGGAGAGCAGCCCGAGGUCCGCGGAGCCCGGGACCCACCCGUGGGCGGACGGACGGACGGACGGACGGACAGACAGACAGCCCCUCGGGCGGACAGACGGACAGACAGACAGCCCCUCGGCCGGCCGGACGAUGGAGCGUCCGGAGGGGGCUGCCGACCCGGGCAGCGGGCGGGAGAGGGACGGCUGACCCCCAGCCCCGCCCGCGGGCACCCCGGGACCCGGAGGGACGGAGACGGCAGCGGCACCGUGAGCGGGCGGACACGGGCCGGGCCGGGCCGGACACACCACGGGCCGGACCGGGCCCGACCGCCGGGACCAUGGGCUCCCAGGGCUCGGCUCCCGGGCUGCGCAACGCCUCCAUCAGCCUGCUGCUCGGAGCCCUGAUGGGCCAAGUAAUCGAGGGCCGAGGAGUCAUGGACACUUUACAGAGAUUUUCGUCACUACCAACAUAUCUACCUGUGAGCUAUCACAUCCUUAGUGCUGAGACUUCAUUCUUUCUUAAAGAAGCCAACCAGGAUUUUAUGAGGAACUCCAGUUUGCAAUCCAGAGUUGAGUCAUUCUUUACCUAUAAAACCAAGAGUCCCCCCGUGUUGAACACUAGCUACGGACCAUUUUCGGUUGAACAAAUUGUGCCUCCUGACCUGAUGCCGUCUUCCGUUUUUUUUGGCUCUACCAAUAAAUUUACCUUUAACUGGAAGUUGAAGGCCUACAUCCUGAGUGAGAAAAUAUACCCGAACAGGCCCAAAGUCCAGAUCUUGUUCUACAUCGCGGGCAGGGAUUGGGACGACUACAGCACCGCAGAAAGACUGCCUUGCCUGAGGGUGUUCGCUUUUCGGGAGACCCGGGAGGUGAGAGGCAGCUGCAGGCUGGCCGGGGACCUCGGCCUGUGCGUCGCGGAGCUGGAGCUCCUGUCCGGCUGGUUCAACCCCCCGAUGGUCGUCACCGGGCGGAAAAAGGCCCCGGACCAAUCGGAAGGGAAUUCCGUGGAACUUUACUACACCAUCCAACCGGGAGAUGAGAAGGGAGAGUGCACCACUGAGGAUGGAAGGAAGGGCAAUGCAAUCCGUCCCGGGAAGGAAGGUCUGGGGGAAACUACAUCCCACUUGCAAAGGAUUGGCACCGUUGUCCUUUAUCAGACCCCGGAGUCUUCACAACUCAUCGAGCUCCGAAUGGAUGGCGACGUGGUUAUCUGGCUGCCAUCGAAGCCUGUCAAGCAAGGAGAGGUGGUUACUGCAUAUGUGACCAUUGCCCACAACUCCACCACUGAUCUGUUCAUCCUGAGCCACACUGCUUUUCUGAAGGCUGGGCUGCAAGAGGCCGGAGCGGAUGCUGAGAGGGUCUCCCGGGCUGCCAUCCAGCCUGAUAAUUGCUACCUGGAAUGGUCUCCAAAUCGGUGCUCAUGGAAUACAGCAACCCAGAUAGGGAUGGCUUCAAUUAUCUGUGCUAAGAUCGUUCAAAGGGGUCAUGCUUAUUUGGUGGCAAAUAAUACCUUCGAAAGACCAGGUGUGACUGAACCCCCUGAGAAAGCGAAGGCCAUGACAGUCUGA